AAUCAGGACUCACCGUGCAUGAGAUAUAAUCCAAAAUGUCGGCUCGUUUUAUCCAAUAAUAAUUUAUCCGUUACAGGCACAAUUUUCACCGCACAUAUCACAAAAACUUGCUAGAACUUGCAAGGAACUUUGAAAACUGCACUUAAUACCACGACAACUUCACACUUGGCGAUUUACACUUCCCCGAUCAUCGGGCACAAUGCCCUGAUCCACAAAUUCACUGAUAUAUAACCGCAGCUCAAACCUACUGAUAUUCCAUGGAUUUGAUGAAAUUAACACUGAUAUUUCAUAUAACGAUACCUGGAAAUAAAACACAGCACGUUUAAUCUCGAUCCGGACUUCGCGAGGUUUACCGGAUGCCGCCAAAAGUUACCACCGGCAUGGCGUCUCGAAUGUACCGAAUUUCGGAUUCGGACGAAUUUGAUGAAUUAAAUCGCCACUGGAUAUCGGCUUGAACGACAAAAUGGCUAAUGACUAUUCCUCAGACACGUAUACAAGUAAUCAACGCGAAAAUCAAAGACAAUACGCAAUAAUUCAACGAAUUUCAAGCGGAUAAGCGGAUACUUUUUCUUACGCGUCCGGUGUUGGAACAAUUCUCCUUACUGAGCGUCAUCGCCAAUCAACUGUCUUCACCAAUCGAAGCGACUGGAAAUUUUGAAAAGGACUCUCCUCAUUGGACCGCCGAUAUGCGCGAGCCUGUCUCAAGUUCGAAAAACAAAACACGGUUGUGAACACUGAUUAAACUCUGAUUAUGUAGAGACAGUGGCUAUUAUAUUAAUAUUUAGCUAUUCAGGUAUAUUUUAAAUAAUUUUGUUGGGAGUUUUUACACCAUCAGUAACUUUAUUUGACUAAAAACUGAAUGUUUUUGAUGUAUUACGAAGCAAAAAUAUGUAAUGCGUCAGACACCCACUGGAAGACAUUGUCGCCAGCGGAUGGGGUCUCAGGAUGGGGAUGCGGUGGAGGCGCCACCUUAUCAUAUGCAUGUUAAACUGUAGAGGCGCGUAAAAGCCGUAGGUGGAAUUGCGUUUGUGUGUGAGAAAUAUAUCCGAUCGAUAUAACAGGAUGCAGAGUGGUGGGCGUCGGUGGUGGUGAUGGUGCAGGCCAUCCCCAUGACAUAAAGAGGAUAGGGUGAUAUCGGUUCGCGUCCUUAACUUUUUUCCGCUUUAAUCCUGAAGGACUAGGAUGUAGUUAUGCCAAAAAACAGUUCGAGGCAUGCGAUAGAGUCAGGAACAAAACGUUCUUACGUUCGACCGACUAUUCGGGCUAACGCCGCCGAGAAUAAACAUUAUCGAAGCAUACACAUCGGUGUUGUGAACGGGAAACGAUGGGUUCUGUUAAAAAAACGUCUAGGUCUCGCCACGGACGAAGACCUCGCUGGGCAUUUACUGGACUUGGGUGAAUCUUCGCCAAGGCUGAACCAGAGAUGUCAGAACGGAGGUGACCGGAAAGCUGACAGUAGCAACGAGGGAGAUAGUCCUGCUACUGCCACUGUUGAAGAUGCUGUGGAUGAAACAGAGGAGCCAUUACGUCGGAGUCCCCGCAAACAAGUACCAUUGCCUUCAACAGAGCCGGAAUUGUUAUCAUCAAAUGGCAGUGGGAUUCAAGAAAAAGAAACAGAAACCAUUACAGAUAUUGUUAAAGUACAUGUCCGACGAAGCUCUAGAAAUAAGCAUCACAAAAGUAAAACCAAGCAUCAUAAAGUCAAGCGCAAGAAGAAGAAGCACUGCAAGAAUUUAGAAGAUACUUCAUUAGAGUUAAACGAACAAAAUGGAGUAGUCGUAUCUCUGGCUCAAAAAACUAACGAUGAUUCACUUGAUGUUAAGAGGAAAACUAAUGAUGAGGGUCACUUGAACAUAAGAGCUGAUUGCUACAUCAAGGAGAUUAAAUCCCAAGAAUCUGGGACACAGGUAGGUUUAGAAAAACCAAAGACUGAAGAUAUAGAUAGGAUAAAGUUUGCUGAAGAUGUAAAUAGGACCAAAGAUAGCUUUGGCAAUGUUAUCACGGACACGGACAUUUCGUCUAAAGAGUUGACAGACAUUGAUAACUCAACUGUAUUAUUUGAUAAGACAGAAGAGGUUUCUCCAGCUAAGAAUGAAAACGACAAGUCAUCGAUUGCAAAUACCUGCAAAAAGAAGCUUGUGUUAGCAAUUGAGACAGAUAUCACAGAGGAUUUGGGUGUGCAAGGAAAUAUCAACAAGAAAUCUGAAAAUUCAAAUUUAUCCGAUUCAGAUUUGGAUGGUGACCACAACAUACCUGAUCAAGAUAAUACUCGGGAACUGAAAGUUAAUAAGUCUUCUGAUGAGCGAAAAGGCCGUAAAAAACGAAAACGAAUCAGAAAUGAGGCCACCAAUGAUGGGACCAACAUCAAAAACGUGUCCGCCAACCUGACAGAAGAGCAUGCGCAUAAACAUCGCAAAAAAAAGCACAAGCAUACCGGUGAUCACAAGAAUAAAAAACAUCACGAUGUACGCAAAGCACCACAAAAUGGAAUCAUUGUUCCUGAAGAAAAUGCUGAGCUUAUUUCUGUCAUAGCUAAUCUUCCUUCUGCAAUUCAUGAGAGCACACCAGUUGAAACAAAUCUAGAAAAUUCUUUGACUGAACCACAGAGAUUGGCGAUAAAAAUAAAGCUGUGUCAAGAAUGCAAUACGCGCCAUUUGCAGGAUGCUUGUCCACUGCUGGAUCCUCAGUUUGCAAUUUCUGAUGCUACUUCUUAUGACGACUGGUUGAAUGAGCAUAACGAUAAUCCUGAAGUCCAGAAAAUAGUCCGCUGUGAUGAUCCGAUGUCAGAAGGGUAUGAUAAACCUGCAGACGAUGGUUUUGAAUCAGAUGAGGAGCAGACAAACAUAGAACAAUCAAAGCAGAGGAUUAAAAUAGAAAGCGAAGAAAAGCAGUUGAUUAUUGACAAGGAUAGACCAGUUUAUGCAAGAGAUUCAUUACCAAAAUGCUUGGAACUUAAGGUAUCAAAUCGGGACCACGGACUCGGUGUGUAUGCCAGGAGUGAAGUCCCGAUGUAUGCCAGGCUAGGCCCACUCGUCGGUAUUCCUGUCAAGGAAAUGGAUAUUCCAGAUGACUUCCCAAUGAGACAUAUCUGGGAGAUGGAGCAUAAUGGUAAGACCACAUACAUCAGUACCACAGACCCAUUGAGAAGUAAUUGGGUUCGCUAUAUGCGGCCUGCUGAUACAAGGGAAGAAAGAAACGUUGUCGUUGUAACCAUACAAGGAGAGCUUCACUUGGUCACGACACAAAACAUUUCUCUUGGGACUGAAUUGACUUAUUGGGCAGAUUCUCAAUCCUCGGCUUGGACGCGAAAAAAUAAAAUGGAUAAGACGAACUGUGGAGGCUGUAAUCUGAAUUUUGCUCACCCGAUUUAUUAUCGCCUCCAUUGCUGCAUUUUUCAUGAUACCAACUACAGCCUCACUAUCAGAAAAUAUCAUUGCAAGGUUUGUGGAGCCGCCGUAUUGGGAAAAGAUAAUAUCAUGAAACACGCUGCCGAGUUACAUGCUGGUCGUGGAGCUUAUCAAUGCCAGUACUGUAAAAAGUUUUUCCUGCGCCUCAACUAUCUUGAAAUGCAUCGAACUUAUGGAUGUUCCCAGAAUCCGCAGAGAGCACGGCCUCUCUGCGAUUUUUGUGGUCGAAAAUUUUGUCAGCCCCAAAAAUUGAAAGUUCACAUCAAACGAAUGCACAGCGAUAUGUCUGAAGUUCUCAGAGAAUUCCAGUGCAAGUUAUGUUUGAAACUUUUGGGGUCGCGAGCAGCAUUGCAGCGUCAUAUGAAAGAGGUACAUCACAAAGACGUUAUUGGAGCAGCUACUUGUGAUCGUUGCGGGAAGAUGUUCCAAAAUAAAAGCAACCUUAAGAUUCAUAUGUUGACGCAUAGCGGAGUCAAACCCUUUAAAUGCAAAGAAAAUAGUUGCAAGGCUGCAUUCACGACGAAACAAUGCUUGCAAUUUCACUACAAAAAAGUACAUGGCCUGACCGAAGAAAUGAUGCCCAAAAUCGAACGUUCUGUAGCGUACACAUUCGAUGCAUACAGCGGCGGUCUAAUUGAGGAUACGGGUCGCGGAAAAACGCCUAAAUUGAGUCGACAAAAUUCUCAGGAUAACAGCAACAGUUUACCAUCAUUGGACGAAUGCAGUUCGGAAAGCAGUUUAAAAACUGAGACACCGAUAAAAGCUACCGAACCUGAGGUGAUAGAAUAUCAACACAACGAAGAACUACCAACUAAGGAUGAAUUAGACCAUGAAAGUCAACAGCUUCCAUCACCGCAGCCAAGUACUCUACAGAUACCUGACAACAUAGAAUCUAGUGUGGAGAAUAUUCGUACGGAAGGUGAUUUAUAUGCAACUUCUAGGUUGCAAAGUAAGGGAAGUAAAAAGUGGAUGGGUGAGUUCAAUACCCCUGCAACUCCAGAAAUACCUACCGGGCCCCAACCUUUGUCUGCUUCAUCGGAUGUUUAUGAAUUCGAGGAGAGAAAAGAAGAGGAUAAAAUAACGCAAGCACUCAUCGACGAGUCUAAGCUAGGUCUGAAUGUUUACAGGCGAACAGAAAGUUCUAAUGCCAGUCUCUUGGUAGAGGCAGCAUUGGAUGCUGCGGAGAGAGACAUCGGAGCUGUUUCUAGUCCGAUUUUAGAAGAUAACGAUAGAGAUACAAAUUUAUAUUCGAUUUCCACACAUUUACAAUCACCUAUGCCUCAGAGAUCUCCUGACACACACCUGGAUUCUUACAUACAACAUCAAGAGUUGAUGUCUCCUACACCAACCCCAGACAAUCGUCAUACUCCGCCUAAUCAUUUACACAUGGACUAUCAUCUGCACAGACCCGUCGACUACAUGAAUGCAAGAACUCAUAACAUCGAGCAGUACUUGCACCAUGAAGAUCUGCCCCGGGUUUCAUCUCCAAACAAUUAUAUUCAUGUGCAAGAUUUAGUGUCCCCGGCUGUGACGCCUAGCCCAAGAUAUCAGGAUGUGCACCACCAUCAGGUACCAACCGAUAAUCUUUCUAGCGAUGAAGGCGAUUCUGUUGCCCAAAAUUUAAGCCUCCCUGUCAAAGAAAAAGCUCUGCAACUCGACCUUUCCACUUCAUACAAGUAUGAUGCCAUUGAAUCGGAUUUUGGAAGGGAAAGAUCAAAUUUCGAGCCUUUAGUGUUGAAUAGCAGUGAACUUCAAGGCUUAGAUAUGUCGGCUAGAGGGUUUCACCACAGUUUUGGCGCUCAGGUACAAAAUGCUCGCUAUCAUCAUCACCUCUAUGAAAUUACAGAAAGGCAAACUGUAGAUCUCAGUCGAACAGGGGGCUACUCGAUGUCUCCCCCACCUCCUCCACCUCCUUAUCCACAUAACGACGUUCUCAGAGUAGUGAGCCUAGACUUGACUCCAGGAGGACGACAUAGCGUGGAUUUGAGUCUUUCUAGGUCUCAUCAUUUGCAUGGGACUGGAACACGGCUACUGACGAGUCCGCAACCACCAGGUGUCUCGAAUUCGCAUGUUGUGCCUGAUACGGUCGAUGGCCGAAUUCUUUCUCCCCCGCCUCCCGGAUACAAUCCAACUUACCCGGUAAGUCCAGCUCCUUAUCACCCACCUAGACCUGGAUACCACCAUUAUUCUGGUUAUUACUAAUUUCUAAAACAAAUUUUCAUACUCUACCGAAAUCCAAAUAAUUAUAGUGUAAAGGGAGUCUAGUAUUUUGGGAAUCAGACACUAGUGUUUACUAUUUAGCAAGAUCACGAUGGUUUCUGCACUUAAAAAAAUGAAAAAAACCAAUCGUCGUCGUGAUUAUUCGUUAUUUUUGUUAACAUAUUCUCAAAAGUAGGACAUUGAUGAUUCUUGUGAAUUUGACAUUUGACAGGAUGCACACGUGGUAGUAAGUUUGAAAAAGUUGUUAUUUAGCUUUUAGCAUUAAUAUAUUCUUCUAUCUAGAAUAUAUGAUCCUGACACAUGCCUUGGCCCGGAGUCACAUAAAAAUUAAUUAUACAUACUUCUCAUAAAUUAUUAUUUUCAUCUCACAGUUUCACCAUCUUUUUAAAUUCUAACGAUUGGUUAUUUCUAGUCAAAGUGAUUGUUGCAAUUUUUAAAGAAUUACCGUUGAGUUUUACAAUUGAAUUAUCCUGGAUUCCGUUUUGAACAUUCAGAAUGUUCACGGCAGUGCGUAGGUGGAAACUUAACGUUCAUAACAUAAUAUUUAUUAUUAGGGAAAAUUAGAUCUAAGAUUAAAAAAUAUUUGCAUGAUUAUCUGAUGAAGCUCAAACCUUUUGAAGGAUGAUUCAACUUGAUAUAUGUUUAGGGUUGGGGUGAAUAGGAGAUUGCGACUAGUCUACAUGUAGUUCUUGCUUACUGCCCGUGAAGAUAAUUUGUUGAAAAAAGAUAGCAUAGUAUCAACGUUUAUUCAACUAAACUUGCCUAAUUGCAAGUUUAUCAUGCAAGUGAAAUCAUGUAUGUUACACAUUGGAAUAAUUUGCAGUUAGUAUCCGAAUCAAAAAUCUUCUAUUGAACUUGACAAGUUUGUACUUACUUUCAACAAUAUCAUUUAUUUAAGCUUAAUCCGAUGCUAAUCGUGUCUUCGUUUCAUCCCCAAAAUAGUCUUAUUUAGCUACUAUUUAUCAACACCAAAGAUCUAAAAUAUAAUUGUAAUAAUUGUGCCAAAUUAUAUUGGGAGGCAGCUGUUGUAUUGUAGUAUAUAUGUUCUUUGAUUGCCAAUGGAGUUAUUCUGCUAUUAAUUUUAAUCAUGGAAAUAGCUACAAUUUAUCUUCAAAGUGCAGUGAAUUCUCUAAAAAUCUCUCCUUUGACAUUUGUAAAUUAUCAAAACCUUGAUUUUCCUUUGUAAAUAUUUAGAAUUCUAAUAUAUAGGCACUAUUGUGAUAUGAUUUUGUGAUUUUAUAUUAAUAUUGUUGGUAUACACCUACAGCUACUUAGCCUUCAUGAGAUUGAGGAUAACUCCAUGAAUGUUUCUCUUGAGUGUGAUAUUAUUUAUUUUUUAAUUCACCUAAAUUAAUUAUGCAAAUCUUAUUUAAUCAAUUACAUUCUGUAUAUUGUGCAUAUACCAUUUAGAUUAACAAGUGAAAAUUUUAAGAUACUAAUUCUGAAAAAAAAAGAAAAAAAAAACUCAAAAGGAUAAUAUUUAUGAGUACAAAAUGUGGCACAGGAUAUAUUUAUAUCGGGUUUAUUAAUUUUAAGAGAAUACUUAUAGAACUUACGAUAAUUAAAAAGACCAAAAUCUUAUUCUCUCCCAACAA